CUAAUAUAUAACGGACUUUGAGUAAAUUUUUUGAACUAACAAAUAAAUCUGAUUUUAUGAUUGAUUGUAAUAAUGACAUCAAGAAGAAAACACAGUUUUUUAUGGAUGCAUUUCACUGAAGAAACUGAGAGUAAGAAAGCAAAAUGUAAAUAUUGUUCGUCGUAUAUUAGCUUUGCUGGUGGUUCAAAUGGCAAUCUUACCCGACAUAUGAAAACAAAGCAUCCUACAAUUCCUUUAGCUCCGGAACGGCAAGAUUUUAUAGAUUUAUCUGAUUCAGAUCCUCCUCAAACAAGUCAAACUGCAUCAAGGAAUAGUAAUUCUCAAUCCUUAGCAAUUUCAUCAUCGUCAUCGAUAUCAGCAGUAUCAUCGCUUCAAAAUUCAAUAAUUCAAUAUAUUCAUAAGAAACCACCCAUUCGAAAAGUUCAAGAAAUCGACCGACAAGUUGUCAAGAUGAUUGCUAAGGGACAUCAUGCUUUAAGAAUAGUUGAAGAACCUGAAAUGCGUAAACUAAUUCAACUAGUUUCAAAUUGUCCUGGGUAUCAACUUCCCUCUAGAAAAACAGUAUCAACUAAUUUAAUGUCUAAUGUCCAUCAAGAACUACAAAGCGAGGCUCGAAUAAAGAUUAAAGCUGCAGUUGCACUAUCUCUGACUACUGAUGGUUGGACGUCUAGUAAUAAUGAAAGCUAUAUAGCUGUAACAGCCCAUUUUAUAGAUGAUGAAACCAAGCUUUGUUCUAUAUUACUCACUUGUGAAGCAUUUAAUGAUAGACAUACAAGCGAGAAUUUAUGUGACUUUUUGAGGAAUGUCAUGAUAGAUUGGGAUAUUUUGCAUAAAGUUACUGCUGUUGUUAGUGAUAAUGCAUCGAACAUUAUAAAUGCUGUUAAACUUGGAAAGUGGCGAUCAAUUGGUUGCUUCGCUCACACUUUAAAUCUUAUCGUCCAAACUGCUACUAAAGAAAUAUCUGAUGUUUUAGUGCAAGUUAAAAGUAUUGUUGAAUAA